CUCUUCUCUGUGUGUGUGUGUUUUUUUCUCCCUCCCCGUUUUUUUUUUCCCUCGGCGGGGCCGGGGCGGCGUGUUGCGAGCGCUGCGGAGCGCGGCUGUUCCCCCGCUUCGGGCGCGGGGGGCGCGGGGUCCCGCGAAGCCCCGGGGCCGCUCCGCCCGGGACACCCGGGGCCGCCGCUCUGCCAGCAGAGUUUCAAGCGAAUUUUCUGAGUUGCUACAACUACAGUCACCUAUUGAUGGGCAUCCUCCUGGAAGUGUCCUUUCUCCAUUUCUCACCCGUUUGUACAGAUGAAGUUGAGUGCCUCAAGACACACAUCGAGUUGAUGAAACGACAUAAAGCAAAGCUGGAGGCUGUGCCAAAUAGUUCAUAACCAUGGAGGAAUACUUGGCAGAGGGGCAGAAAAGGGGAGGGAUGAAUUAAUGGUCAGGUAUCAUGCAGCUGACAGGUCUACUAGCAGAGCUGAUGGUCACAGCUGGGGUGGAAAUUCUUCAUUAAACAAAAUAGAUAAAAUAACCAAGGAAGGUUGGAGCUGUUUGCAAGAUCUGUUGAGUUGAUUGCUCACCCUGUCAAAACAAGUCACCAUUUGGUCCUACAGCCCACUGCCAGCUGCUGUGAUGGCUAGCAAAAGAAAGUCAACGACUCCCUGUAUGGUGCGAACUUCUGAAGUCCUGGAGCAGGAAGGCACUGAGGAUGGAGAGGCUCCUAAAGAGAAGGGGUCUGGUGCACCGCAGCAGGACUCUAAAAAAAACUGGCCUUCAGAAAGCUCAGUCAAAGACUGUGAAGUUGUUGAGGCAAAGUCCCAAGCUGAAAAUCAGUCUAAGAAACCCCAGGGUGGUUAUGAGUGUAAGUACUGCCCUUAUUCAACACAAAACUUAAAUGAAUUUACAGAACAUGUUGACACUCAGCAUCCAAAUGUCAUUCUCAAUCCCCUGUACGUCUGUGCUGAAUGCAACUUCACAACCAAAAAAUAUGAUUCUUUAUCUGACCACAACACAAAAUACCACCCGGGAGAGACUAACUUUAAACUGAAAUUAAUUAAACGCAAUAAUCAGACAGUUUUAGAACAGUCCAUUGAGACCACUGCUAACGAUGUCACUGUCGCAAGCGGGGGGCUAGAAAAGGUGGAGUGUGAUGAUUCGCUUCAUGGGGGAAUUGCUGCGAGUAAACCGCCAGCAACAAAACUGGGAAAGCCAAAAGGGGAAAACAAGAAGGGCCCCAAGAAGCCGGAAGAGGUAGUUACAGAAAACCACGUGGAUGGUACUCUCCCCCGUAUCAUAACUGAAGCCGCUGAAGCUAUUGCUUGUAUAAAUGGAGACCUUCUCCAUGAUGUGUUAGCCCAUGUUAUGCCCUCUGUACAGCUGCCACCAAAUAUUAACCUUGUCCCUAAGGUUCCGGUACCUCUCAACAGUACCAAAUACAACUCUGCAUUGGACACUAAUGCAACCAUGAUCAACUCCUUUAACAAAUUUCCUUAUCCAACACAAGCAGAGUUGUCAUGGUUGACAGCAGCAUCAAAGCAUCCAGAAGAACAAAUCCGAAUCUGGUUUGCUACGCAACGUUUGAAGCAUGGUAUAAGUUGGUCUCCUGAAGAAGUGGAAGAGGCAAGAAAGAAGAUGUUCAACGGUACUAUCCAGGCAGUUCCCCAAACCAUCACUGUCCUGCCAGCUCCUUUGACAACUGCAAAAAUGCCCCAGCCCAUCAUCCAGACAGCUUUGCCUUGUCAGAUUCUGGGCCAGACUGGUCUGGUUUUGACUCCUGUGUCAAAUGGUUCAACAGUUUCCUGUUCACCGAUUACACUUGCUGUUGCCCCAAACCAGGGGCAAAAGAGGACAAUACAGACUUUACCAAGUGCCCCAGAAGCCAAACGUCCUCACGUAGUUCAGGUGCCUGAGAUUCCUGCCAAGUUGACUGCUGUACCACUGACACCAGCUAGUGAGCGAAAAAAGACGAAGGAGCAGAUAGCAGAGCUGAAGGCCAGUUUCAUGGCAAGCCAGUUUCCUGAUGAUGCAGAAGUCUACCGGCUGAUAGAGGCAACAGGUCUCUCUAGGAGUGAGAUCAAGAAGUGGUUCAGUGACCACAGGUACAGAAGUCAAAGGGGCAUUGUGCACAUCCCUGGUGAUGCUUUAGGAAAAGAUCAAAUACCAACUUCAGCUGGUCGACAUGGCCGUUCUUUCCACCCAUACACAGAUUUUACUUCCCAGAGAUUCAAAGAGAAAACCCAAGAGCAGCUUAGGGCCCUUGAGGAGAGUUUCCUCAGGUGUUCUUUUCCUACCCAAGGAGAACUGGACAGGCUUCGAGUGGAGACCAAGCUGAGUAGGAGGGAGAUAGAUUCAUGGUUCUCUGAGCGGAGAAAGAUAAGAGACAGCAUGGAGCAAGCUGUCUUGGACUCAAUGGGAUCAUAUAGAAAAAUUAAAGAACAAGGAACUCCUAAUGGUGCAAUAAGCCAGGCAGAACUGCUGAGUAGCUCCCAGCUCCCUGGUGCUUUAUCUGGGUCCUCCACCACGUUUAAGAAAACCCAAGAGCAGAUUCAUCUACUGAAAAGCACAUUUGCAAGGACCCAAUGGCCAUCACCCCAGGAGUAUGACCAGUUAGCGUCUCAGACUGGGCUCACAAGAACUGAAAUAGUUCGUUGGUUCAAGGAAAACCGGUCUUCGCUAAGAACGGGAUCACUUAAGUGGAUUGACCAAUACCAGCAGCAGUACGUUUUUGACGGUCAUAAUGAGCAAAGCCAGAAGAAGGGAUCAAAGCGCGUUGAGAGUCCAAAGAAUGGGGUAUUCCUCAGCUGCAUUGUCCUGACGUUGAAGGGGAAAUGCUGUCUGAAAAUAGAAGAAAACUAUUUUCCUGCCUGGGGUGAGAUAGCAUGUUGUGACUCCCAAGUCUCAAACCGUGCUUGCAGAGGCACAGCGAGAAAUACUGUCACAGAGCAUCAUCAUGGGAUUUUUUAUAGUGCCAAAGUCCUACUACUGCAUUGAGAGAGAGAAAGAAAGAAAAAGAAAAGGGUCCUUGUACAUAGGUUUCUCCUUAGCUUCUCUCCCACCCACUUUCUUGCCCAGCCUCUUUCUGUACUGGAACAAAUUUGUAUGAGAUGGAAAUUUUGCUAACUUUUUGAUAUGUGCAAGUAAUUCUUGCAUAUAAUGCCAUUGCAGAUCUGCGGGUUGGUUUGGGGAGGGGAAGUUGGUUUGGGGAGGGUGGGGAGGAAAGAGACUUUUUUUUUUUUUUUUUUUUUUUCCCCCCCACCCCUGAAGUGUUUUAAGACGGAUUUGCAGUCUUUUGGAGCCUUGUUGGUGCAGAUCAACACCUGAGCCCAGAUCCCCACCCUGGUUUACAUUUCAGCUCACUUAAAUGCAUAUGGGGUUGGGGAGGGUCAUUCUGGAGUGGUUGGGGUUUGUUUUAUUUUUCUUGUUGUUUUGACUUUUUUAUUUUUAUGGCCACCUGCUACUGGUUGAAGUACUUAAAUGUCUGCAUUUCUGUGUUCCUACAAGGCGAGUCUUCUCUAGCUCCUGUACUUCACUUUUCACAAGCCAGCCCCAGCUUUGGGCUCUGAAGAUUUGGCUAGAAUGCUCUUUUUGGGUUUGUUUUUUUUUUUCAGCACUUUUUGUUUAAACAUGCUGUAUGACCCCCCCAGAGGGGUUAGACUGAAGAAAUUAAGAUGCUUUAUAAUCAAAACUUGCUUGUUUUUCUUCAGCUGGUACAAUGAUGGACAUCGUAACCAAGAAUCUGCCCUCCAGCCUUAGAGGUUGUAGCACACAACAGAAAUUUCUGAUUAACCCUUGCCACUAAAUUUUUAGAUCAAUCCUAGGUUCCUGAGUGCACUUUUUUCUAGUACUGCUAAUUUGGAUUGGGGGGGCGUGUCUGUCCAUGCGAGGAGGAGGAGGAAGAGGAGGGAGUGUGGGAACAUGAGUGCCUAGAUGAGUGGGCUUGAGAACUGUCCGCUAUGUUCCUCUGAUGAGCUGGAUUCAGAAAACUUACACACCUUUCCAUAUGCCACAGAAAUACAAUGAUAGGAAUUUUGAAUAAAUCCAACUUUUCUAACUUGUUGCUCAUUUGUUGUAACUCAAUAAAAC